CGGAAUUUUACCAAGACUGGGCUUUGUAGUUUUAACUUGAAAAGUAGCGGCUUGCGCACAUAUUGUAUGCCACUUUAAAAAACUACAGCUCCCGUGUUCAUUGCAAAAUUACAACAUGGCCGCCUCCUCUGUUGCAGCAAGUGAGCUGCUAAACAAUAUUAAUAAACGGAUAUCAAUAUUGUAUCCAAAGGCUUCCUGCGUAAUUAGGCGAAUAAGCACAUCAAGCUCGCGAUGCGACGGUCAGCCGCAGCGGAGUGCAAAAAGUGCUCCCCAGCAGCUGGUUGGAGUAGUGGGCUUGGAAAUCCAUGCCCAGAUUAACUCCAACACCAAGCUAUUCUCUGGCUCACCGGUUCGCUUCUCAGCACCUCCAAACUCCCUGGUGUCAUUCUUUGACGCAUCCUUACCUGGCACAUUACCCGUCCUGAACAAACGAUGUGUUGAGGCAGCAGUGAUGACAGGAUUGGCUCUCAACUGCACCAUAAACAGGAAGUCACUUUUUGACAGGAAACACUACUUCUACGCUGACCUCCCUUCUGGAUACCAGAUCACUCAGCUACGGCAGCCCAUCGCGGUAGAUGGCAUGCUGACUUACAGCUUCCUUGGGGGGAAAAAGAGGAGCCAGAUGAUCAGAAAAACUGUCAACAUCAAACAGAUUCAGCUGGAGCAGGACAGUGGCAAGAGUCUCCAUGAUGACCUCCGCAGCCAGACACUCAUAGACCUCAACAGAGCAGGUGUAGGUCUAAUGGAGCUGGUGAUGGAGCCAGACAUGAGCUGUGGAGAGGAGGCUGCAGCAGCUGUCAGAGAGCUUCAGCUCAUCCUGCAAGCCCUGGGCACCUGUCAAGGCAACAUGUCUGAGGGCCAGCUGAGAGUAGAUGCCAAUGUGUCCGUACACAAGCCAGGUGAGCCCCUCGGCAUCAGGGCAGAGGUGAAGAACAUCAACAGCGUCCGGUACCUGGCCAGGGCUAUUGACUACGAGAUCCAGAGACAGAUUGGGGUCCUGCAGAGAGGGGGAAAAGUGCAAAAUGAGACCCGAGCGUAUGAUUCCAAAACAGGGGAGACCAUUCCUAUGAGGGACAAAGAGGGUCUCCAGGACUACAGGUUUAUGCCAGAGCCCAACCUGCCCCCUCUGAUUGUGUAUGAGGAUAACGCAUCGCUGCCCACUGGCAUUGAUGCAUGCCAAGCGGUGGUGGUGCAGAAGAUAAGAGAAGGGCUGCCAGAGCUACCCAGUGUCAAAAGAGAGAGGCUGGUGCAAAUGUACGGCAUCCUGCCCGAGCACAGCUUCACUCUGGUGAAUGAGGAUGGCCUGGUGGAGUACUUUGAAGCGGUGUUAAAGGCGACCAAAAAGGAGCCGAGGAAGGUGAUUGGCUGGGUGACAAAUGAGCUGGUGGGCCACCUCAAACAGCGAGAGAUGAGUGUGAGCCAGAGCCCAAUCUCUCCUUCUGCCCUGGCUGAGCUGCUGGAACUCCAGGAAACGGGACACAUCUCCUCUUCGGUUGCCAAGCAGGUGUUCCAGGAGAUGUGGAGGUCAUCCGGCAAGACAGCCCCGCAGAUCAUCCAGGAGCAGGACUUGGGUCUUGUUAGUGACACCGCACAGCUGCAUAGGAUCUGCCAGGAGGUGGUGGACUCGCAUCCUGAUGAGGUUCACGCCAUCAGAAAUGGAAACAAGAAAGUUCUGAACAAGCUGAUGGGGCUGGUUCAGAAAGAGACCAAAGGCCGAGCUGACCCAGUCUUGGUGAGGGCAGUUUUACAAGAGAAGACUUCAUGACUGUUGAGCUGAACGGACCGUUCUGCAAGACCCAGUCAUAUCAUAGACAGGGAGUAAAACCAUAGCAUAUUUGACCCUCAUGAAAGACAAACAAUACAAAAGUGAUGUUGUAGAUCGCUAUGAAAAUGCAGAUAAGCAGAGUAAUCAUGUCUAUGUCACACGGCAGCACAAGGUGGCUUGUGUUCUGUGGGUUGAUAAUGAAA